AUGCAGAUUUACACGUCGCAAAUUCCAAAGUGUGUCAUUACCGCUUUGCAGGCUCUACUGUUCUUCGGCGUCGUCCUGAACAACGUCAGUGUCGCCAAAGCCGAUAACCCAAUCGUGCAAACUAUCUAUUCCACGGACCCAGCACCAGUCGUGUAUAACAACCGCGUGUACGUCUUUACGGGUCAUGAUGAGGACGGAGCAACAACAUUUGUCAUGAAGGAUUGGAGGGUUUUUUCGUCGGCGGAUAUGGUCAAUUGGCAAGAUCAUGGAUCACCUAUGAGCUUAGCUACCUUUAGUUGGGCCGAUGCAAACGCCUGGGCGCCGCAAGUUGUUCCUCGCAAUGGCAAGUUCUACGCCUACCUACCAAUGCGACGUAGGGGUGGAAGUAUGGCAAUUGGUGUGGGCGUUGCAGAUAAUAUCACUGGGCCAUACCGUGAUGCACUUGGAAAGCCUCUGGUGGAGAAUGGUGAAAUUGACCCGACUGUCUUUAUCGAUGACAAUGGUCAAGCCUACCUCUACUGGGGAAACCCCAACUUGAACUUCGUCAAGCUGAACACCGACAUGAUAUCCUACAGUGGUACUGUUAAUAAGGUCGCUCUUACGACUGCUGGUUUUGGUACUCGUCCUGGUAAUGCUCAACGCCCAACCACUUUUGAAGAGGCUCCAUGGCUAUACAAGCGUGACGGGCGCUACUACAUGAUGUACGCGGCCAAUUGCUGCUCGGAGGAUAUUCGUUACUCAAUGAGCACAAGUGCAACGGGUCCUUGGACUUACAAAGGGGUCAUUAUGGCUACGGCUGGUAAAAGUUUCACAAAUCACGCCGGUAUCAUCGACUAUUCAGGUAACUCGUACUUUUUCUACCAUAAUGGCGGCCUUCCAGGUGGUGGAGGUUAUGCUCGUUCUGUUUGUGUCGAACGUUUUAACUACAAUUCCGAUGGAACCAUUCCGACUAUCUCGAUGACCUCUAACGGUGCGCCUCAAGUUGGCACUUUAAACCCCUAUGUACGACAGGAGGCCGAGACGAUUGCUUGGUCUGUUGGUGUCGAGACUGAAGUCUGUAGUGAAGGUGGGAUCAAUGUUGGAUUCAUCAACAAUGGUGAUUACAUCAAAGUCAGAGGAGUUGCCUUUGGCUCUGGUGCAACCUCAUUCAGCGCUCGUGUCGCUUCUGCAGCUAGUGGCGGUAAAAUCGAAUUGCGGCUUGGUAGCACAUCUGGUAUGCUUGUCGGUACUUGCACGAUUUUGAGUACUGGUGGAUGGCAAUCAUGGACAACAGUGACCUGUCCUGUCAGUGGUGCAUCUGGGACACAGGAUUUGUUCUUGCGCUUUACUGGUAGCGGAUCGAGCGAAUUGUUCAACUUCAACUGGUGGCAAUUUAGCAAUGGCAACUAA